AUGGACUUCAUAAAAAAACUUCUAUGUGUUCUAUUCCUGUUAGUGUUUUCUAUCCUAAUACGUCGUCAGAGGGGGAGAUUCCUCAACGAACCAACAAUGACAUAUAGUCUUAUGAUGAUCAACUCAAUAGUAGAAAGAGGAAGGCUUCCUUCCCAUGGGCAGCAAAAUAAUGCUGAAAUUGGAAUUUCCUCAACUCCUUCUCAUUCCAAGAAAAUCAAGUUAACAGUUAAUAUGAAAGAACUCGCUAAGAACUUUGAAAUGACUACUAAGGAGGUUAGAGAAUUCAAGUUGGAACACAAUGCUUCAGUUCGGACAAGAAAAGAGUAG